AAUCAGCUUUCAGAUUAACUCAUUUAAAAAGAGGAACCUUUGAAUCAUAACGGCUGAGCUUUUGCAAGGACUCGGGAACCUUGACGUGGAGGCAGCACGGUCGGCGGGUUAAUAGGUGUCAUGGACAAAGCUAAAGAAAACCUCAUUUCAGGGUCUAUAAAGGCCACCGGUCCUCUUGGGAACGGUCCGAAACGUGUCCUGGUGAUGAAGCAGCCUCCCUCUCAGAACCCAUCGUCCGAAAGCGGCGGCAGUGGCCAGGCUCAGCGGGUCUUGUGUCCUUCAAAUUCCUCCCAGCGGGUUCCCACGCAAGCACAGAAGCUCAUCUGUAGCCAGAAGGUGGUACAGAAGCAACUGCAGGCCACCGGCGGGGCCCAUCCUGUCCCCCGGCCAGAGAACAGCACCCAGAAGAGCGAGCAGUCCCAGCCGGCAGCAUCCGGAGGGAACCCUGGGAAGGAAGUGGAAUCAAAACCAAAAAAUGAAGACUCGAAAAGGAGACAGUGGACUUUGGAAGAUUUUGAUAUUGGCCGCCCGCUAGGUAAAGGAAAGUUUGGCAAUGUUUAUUUGGCCAGAGAAAAACAAAGCAAGUUUAUCCUGGCUCUGAAGGUGUUAUUUAAAGCCCAGCUGGAGAAAGCAGGCGUGGAGCACCAGCUCAGGAGAGAAGUGGAGAUACAGUCCCACCUCCGGCAUCCCAACAUCCUCAGGCUGUACGGUUACUUCCACGACGCCACGAGAGUUUACCUAAUUCUGGAGUAUGCCCCGCUUGGAACAGUCUAUAGAGAACUUCAGAAACUCUCCAAGUUUGAUGAGCAGAGAACUGCUACUUAUAUCACGGAAUUGGCAAAUGCCCUGUCUUACUGUCAUUCCAAGAGAGUUAUUCAUAGGGAUAUUAAACCAGAGAACCUGCUGCUGGGGUCAGCUGGAGAGCUGAAGAUCGCAGAUUUCGGGUGGUCAGUGCAUGCUCCGUCCUCCAGGAGGACCACUCUGUGCGGCACCCUGGACUACCUGCCCCCCGAGAUGAUCGAAGGCCGGAUGCAUGAUGAGAAGGUGGAUCUCUGGAGCCUGGGUGUCCUCUGCUACGAGUUUCUGGUCGGGAAGCCACCUUUUGAGGCGCACACGCACCAGGAGACCUACAAAAGGAUCUCACGGGUCGAAUUCACGUUCCCUGACUUUGUGACAGAGGGAGCCCGGGACUUCAUUUCAAGGCUGUUAAAGCAUAAUCCAAGCCAGAGGCCGACUCUUAGUGAAGUCCUCGAACACCCCUGGGUCACAACAAAUUCAACCAAGCCAUCAAGUUGCCAGAAAAGCAAAGAACCAGCUAGCAAAUCAUCUUAGUCACGCAGGAGAAAUCUCGGGGUCACAACAAAUUCAACCAAGCCAUCAAGUUGCCAGAAAAGCAAAGAACCAGCUAGCAAAUCAUCUUAGUCACGCAGGAGAAAUCUCGGGGCCGGGGCUGCUGUGGAAUCUUCGGGAAUGUGCUCCCAGACAUAUGUGACUAUUGAUGGCCUGCUUGGUUCCCGGAGCUUGGGAAAUGUCACUCCUCCACCCCUGAGCCUGAAGUGCGCAGUGCCUCGGCCUCCCCAUGCAGAGCUCCCCUGUGGUGAACGUGACACUGUGAACUGCCUCCAGAAUCAUGCUGCUGUGACCAGCCGUGUCCUCCAGAGGCCAGGCUCACUUGCAGCCAUAUGCACAGCCCAUGUGGGCAGAGUGUCCUUGGGUGAGAACUCACAGUCUGGUUGUCCAGGAAGUGACCGCUUCCCCGGGACUCGGCUGGCUCAUGUGCUACACAGGAACCUUCGAGUGCUGAGUGUGUGUGUAACUUAUUGGGUGGUCCAACCUGGAAAGGUGUUGGAAUGGAUAUGUGAUUCUUCUAAAUCUUAGAGAUUUCCGUAUGGCAUUUUGCUUUCUGUGCAUCCCCUGGGGGAUGCUUUUGUUGUCGAUCGGCUCUAGUAAGCCUGACUGGGCCUCUGGUCCUCAACCACUAUAAAAAAAGAACACAUGCUCUACCUCUGUCCUAGGAAUUGCUUGGGAUACACGAGUGACCUGGUAUCUCAGAACUCUUUCUAAAUGUCAAGGGCUGUUUUUAUUGCAUUGGAGUUAUGGCAUGUGUGCAAACUUGGUAAAUGUCUGAAUAAAUACACUCAUCUACCUGGA